AUGGUACACAUCCGAUCUGGACAAUUCUGGGAGAACUGUGGCCCUGAAGAAACCGAAUCCUAUGAGAAUAACCUGGAGCCAACUUUGAGGAGUGGUUUGGGUUACUUAUGGGACAACCGCAAUGAUGGCGGAGCGAUGGGGUUGAGGUAUCUUGGCAACCGUGAUGAAGCAGGCCAUACGAAGAAAGAAACAUGUGGCGCUGGGUUCUUCACGAGCUUGCAAGCCCUGGAGGAGUGGGCCAAGAAACACAAAUCCCAUCUCGCGAUCUACCUCGGGGCUGUCAAGCACGCGAAGACAUUCGGUAAUGACAGGAAGUUCCGGACGUGGCAUGAGGUAUCGGUACUGAAGAAAGGCGAGGCUUCUUUUGAGUACGUCAACUGCCUACCCACCACUGGGGUAAUUAGGUUCAUCUCUUUGGAUGACGUAUCGAGGUAG